AUGUCGUUUGAUUUGAUGGUACGCCGUAAACAUCAAAGAGAAGUGUGGAACUCCAAUAUUAAAAGGACCGGGUGUACAACAAGUGUGAAGUUCCGAUUGAUGAAAGGAACAACAACAUAUGAGUGUUACGGUUUUGAAGAGGACCACAACCAUUCACUUUUGAGACACGAGGAUAUGGAUUUGACCAGAAAAGGACGCCAAAUGAAAUUUUCAGAUCAGCGAUUUGUUCAUGAUGCCGGAAUCUCAAAUAUGGGUGCCACACGGGCGCAUAAGUUGCAUACGUCUCUAAGAGGAGGGUACGAAUACGGUGGUCCAGCGGUUGAUGAAGUAGCUCGAUUCAAUUAUUCUGAAUUUGGAGAUGUAAUAUCUUUUGAUGCUACAUUCCGAACAAACAGACAUUCCAUGGUUUUUGUUCCCUUCACUGCGGUUGACAAUCAUAACUGCAAUGUCGUUGUUGGAUCGGCUUUGGUUGGACAUGAGCAUGUUCCAAAUUACAAGUGGCUACUCCAAGCAUUUUGGAAAACACAUUCAAAGCCCCCUAUGAUGAUUCUUACCGACCAAUGUCCUGCGAUGAAGCAAGCAAUUGCAUCAGUCUUUCCAGAUUCAAGGCACAGGCUUUGUAUUUGGCACAUCAUGAAUAAAGUUUUGAACAAGUUUAGUUACGAUCUUCAUAAUAAUACCACGUUUAAGAAACAAUUUUUCAAGCUCUUUAUGUUGGGGUUUGAAUUUGCCUUGGAGAAACAACGUCGGGAGCAACGUCGUCUUGAUUAUCACACGAAAACUACCUUACCUAAAUGGUUGACCUAUAGCCAGCUUGAGAGGCACGCCUGUGAGAUUUACACGCGUUCUGUAUUUUUUGAGGUGCAAACCAAGAUACACAGGGCUCCCUGGACAUGUUCAAUUAAGAGUGUCAAUUCAAAUGAGGAAGCUGAAACAUAUUUAAUUGAACAUUUAGACAAAAGAGAUGAGAAAAUAGCAGAGUAUAAGGUUGUUCGUAACUUGAAGGAGUCUACCGUUGUUUGUAGUUGCAAUCACAUCGGUCGUCAUGGUUAUUUAUGCAGACAUGUGUUCAAAGUUUUGCAAAACGCCGGUUUUGAAUCUAUACCUGAAGAAUACAUUUUGAGAAGAUGGAGACGUGACCUUAUACAUAUUGAACUUCAAAACAGCUGUCAAAGAAUAUGCGACGUAGGCGAGGAUCAACAGAGAAUAAUUAAUGAUACAUAUGAAAUCGUCGAUGAUGUGUUGGAUAUAUUAAGAGAUGACAAAGAAAAACUAGAAUCAUUUGUGGCUACACUCAAAGAAAUGAGAGAUGAUGUAGCMAAAGAUCGCACAUAUGAACCUUCGAUGAAACGUAAAGAGCGUGGAAUAGAACAAAUUCUUGGUUUUACAAGACCUGAUAACAUUGAAAUACAUCCUGCUACUGGUAUAAGAAACAAAGGUUGUGGUACGUCCAAAAGAUUGAUUGGUACAGCUAAGAAAGCAGCAGUGAAGAGUAGCAGGCCUAAGAGGAUGUGUAGUGGUUGCAAGAUGAUGUCUAAUCAUGAUAUCUGUAACUGUCCAAAUAAGACAAAGUAG